AUGUGCAUCAUGCUCCCCCGUGCAUACUGCGUAAGCCACUCCCUCUGCACUUGCGCAGCCUCCUCCGGGGCUCCCUCUUUUUCAUACAGCUGGUCUCGAUGCACGUUAUCUGGCCUACUCCGCGUUCUCGAUGUAGUCGUGUCACAGGAAGGCCGUAUCGCCUUAAUGAAGUCGAACGUAGCUCACAAGCUCGACAAGGCGCUGGCCCGGCCUGGCCGUAUCGACAAGAUGAUUUAUCUUGGCAAUAUCCCAAGGCAGGGCGACAAAGGAAUGUUCGAGCGGAUAUACAGACUUCAACUCUCAUCUCAUGGAUCAACGCUGCUCGAGAAGGGUACCGACCUUUUACAGCAGCAGCAAGAAGAAGACUUCGAUCGGUUGGUCGACAGAUUCGGCAAGGAAAUACCAGACGACGUCUCCACGCCCGCGCAACUCCAGGUGUUCCUUCUCAAGUACUGA